AAAUUCAAGAGUCGCGUCACUCGUGGAGCCAAAACUUCGUCACCAUUUGCCUGGGCACAGAGAUCCCGACCAGAUCAGCGCUGGCGCAGUCCCGCCAUGGAUUCUCCAUCAUCCGCUCCCGUCACCCCUUACUUUUUAACUCGCUGACACCGUUCCGCGCGCUCCUUAAAACCCGGUCCGCAUCCGCAGCAGAGCUCCACACUCUCGCACUCGAUCUCGUCCUUUCCUUCGAACGGGCGGGCCCCCACUUCAAGAUCCCUCCUUUCCCCCGACCCUCGAUCUGACGUCCCGUCUUUCCUCGGAAUCCCCAAACAUGGGCCUCGACGGCAGCCUCGAUCAAGAGUCGGCCGCGCCGGCGCCGGCGCUGCCGAGGAGGUCCCUGUUCCGGUACAACUCGCCCCUGACCCAGGUCGGCCUCAUCGGGCUGGUCUGCUUCUGCUGCCCCGGCAUGUUCAACGCCCUCUCCGGCAUGGGCGCCGGCGGCCAGGUCGACCCCACCGCCGCCAACAACGCCAACACCGCCCUCUACACCACCUUCGCCGUCUUCGGCGUCCUCGGCGGCGGGAUCUACAACGUCCUCGGCCCCCGCCUCACCCUCGCCGCCGGCUGCAGCACCUACGUCCUCUACGCCGGAUCCUUCCUCUACUACAACCACUACCAACACCAGGCCUUCGCCAUCGUCGCCGGCGCCAUCCUCGGCGUCGGCGCGGGACUCCUCUGGGCCGGCGAGGGCGCCAUCAUGACCUCGUACCCGCCGCGCGACCGGAAGGGCACUUACAUCUCCCUGUUCUGGAGCAUUUUCAACAUGGGAGGCGUCAUUGGUGGGUUGAUUCCAUUCGCGUUAAAUUACAAAAGGAACGAGGCUGCUUCCGUGAAUGACGGGACCUAUAUUGGGUUCAUGUGUUUCAUGACCGUCGGUGCGCUCCUUUCCUUCGCGAUCUUGCCGCCGAGCAAGGUGAUUCGUGACGACGGGAGUACUUGCACAAACGUCAAGUACUCGAGCGUCUCGACCGAGGCGGCCGAGAUUCUCAAGCUCUUCCUCAACUGGAAGAUGCUCUUGAUCGUGCCAGCUGCCUGGGCGAGCAACUUCUUUUACAGCUACCAGUUUACUAAUGUGAACGGGGUCUUGUUCAAUCUGAGGACUAGAGGGCUCAACAACGUGUUCUACUGGGGGGCGCAGAUGUUGGGGUCGGUCGGAAUCGGCUAUGUAUUGGAUUUCAGCUCGAGUCGGAAGGUGAGGGGAUAUGUCGGAAUUUUGCUUGUAGCUUUGCUCGGGACUGCGGUUUGGGGGGGUGGCCUUGCUCAUCAGCUAACGUACACGCGAAAACUGCCUGAGAAGUUGGACUUCAAGAACUCACACUCCGAUUAUGCCGGGCCAUUUGUGCUGUAUUUCAGCUACGGAUUACUGGAUGCAAUGUUCCAGAGCUUGGUUUACUGGGUCAUUGGAUCUUUAGCUGAUGAUUCCGAAACUCUCAGCAGGUACAGUGGUUUCUAUAAAGGAGUGCAGAGUGCAGGAGCGGCAGUCGCAUGGCAAAUCGACCAGCACAAAGUCUCGUUCCUGGGGGAGCUUAUCAUCAACUGGUCGCUCAUGACGGUUGGCUAUCCCUUGCUGCUGGUUCUUGUCAAGUUAGCCGUGAAGGACGAUGUGAAGGGUGAAGAGGGAGAUAAAAAGGAAGUUGCUCCUUCUUUUGCUCAUUAGUUGGUAUUCCACAAUGUCAUUUAAUCUUAUGAAGCUUCUUUGUUAGUGUCGAGCAUAGCAAGACAACAGGCUGAAAAAGAUGGAUUCUUUUGAAUAGCUUUGUCUCCUCCUCCUCCUAUGGGUUUUCCUAUCCUGUCUACCGUGGAGUUGUAAUCUGUGACUGUUGACACAACAGUUGUAAAUGAUACAUUGUUACCUUUCCCGUGUAUUUCUCUCCCUCUAAAGAGCUGCAAACAUAGGUGUGGCUUAUGAGUAAAUCACGGCUGUCAUAGUUAUCGUCCUAGGUAUGGGGAACACUAAAUUGUCAAUUAUCACAUGGAGCAUUAAGCACGGCAGGCAAUCCAUUAUUUUAUAGCUGUGAUCUGUUGGCUUGCAUAUUUUAAUGUAAUCUUCCUUUCAAAAUGCCUGGGAACUUUCUGAGAAGCUGACUCUUCACGGCGUAUAUUCCUUUUAGCUUUCAGACAGGUGAACUGAGACAAAUAGAAUAAAACUCCGGGGUCGCUCCUCGUCCUAGUCGACCAUUUCUCUAGAGUAAAUUCCAAUGUCAGGAAAUAUUGUGGAUUUAAAUAUUCUCCUCCUAUAGUAACCAAAGGGUAAACAUUGAUUUAUAUAUCUCUGGUCCUCUUGUUGUUUGUUUGGGCUAAAAAAUAUAGCAUUUCUGCAUCCAGCUGGAAAAAGAUCAGGUUCGCAAUUUCAUGCUUUGACUUCUUUCAAGUGUGACCUCUGCAUUUCCUAGGAUAGAGAGCUUUGUAUUGGUCAAGAUGUAAAGCCAAUCAAGAUGUUCUAUCAUGAUAUAGCUAUGAAACAUCAAUUACUGUCUCUGCAGGAUCAAUGCAAUGCGGUGAAAAGGUCAACUUUUGGAUGUAAAAUCUCGAGUAGUCCUCAAUUAGCAAGAAGAGGAAGUAAGAGGCUUUGUUGCUAUAUUGAACCGAGCAUUUGACUCUGCUUGUUUCUUAGAACUAAAGCUUUUUUAUCCUUAAAGCAAGUAUGUUGUUCACCACAAUACAAUGCUACAAUGCUUCUGAGCGUCCUGCCAGAUGCUUCUGAGCAGUUUAGGUUCCUGGGUAUUUCACGAGCAUUUGUAUGCUGAACUCAAAACAAGAUUUCUUUCCGUUAUGUUAAAUAGCCGAGAAAGGCCCGCCGAGAAGGUGUCAUAGAUCA